ACGAAUCGGAAUCGAUUCGCGGAGUUAAACGUGAUUAACAUCUAUUUCUAUAUGCGAUAUUAAGGAUAUCGUCAGAUGUUAAUAUUAUUAUUAAUAUUGUUGUUUCUUCAUAAAUGUCUUCAUGAUACUGACACAUUUUUGUGCGCGCGUGCAAAGAUGAUUGCUAAGACCUUUUAACAAAGUUAACAAUUAGCACUGCUAUAAAACCCGAUAUGAUUAUAUUUUACCGUAAUAAUUUCUUCGGGGUGAUUUUAUUUGUCUUGUUUGUUUUAUAAGCCGUGGUUAUAUGUCGUUAGGACCUUUUCCGACGCUUCGAGCAGAGAGUUUUCUGCCAAGCCGAGAUUAGCAUUCAGUCACCAUCCAGGACAACAAACAGAUGGAGUUUAAACCCCAUCAGAGUCACCUAGACUAUAAGAAGAAGCUUGAAGAACUCAGGAACAACUUCCUCAAGAAGAUCGAGGCUCUUGAAGGCCAAAUUGAGAAACUGAAUGCUGAGAAGGAGGAACUGAAGAUUUCUUACAAAAAGACCCUGAAAGAGAUGAAGGAGAAACAUGCUAAAGAGUUGGACGUUAUGGAAAAUACGCACGUACACGAGAUAUUUCAAGCAUUUACAGAACAAGAGGUUUUGGAGAAGAAAAUAGAGGAGCUGCGCAAGGAUUACAUGGAGAAACUGAACGAGGAAGAGGACAACCUUUUCCGUACAAUGAACAUCAAGCUGGCCUGUGAUAAGCAGCUUCAGGAGCAAAAAGACAAGCUGCAGCAGGUUGAGGCGAUGGUGAAGGAACUGCAGGAGAAACUUGAGUCUGGUUUCAAUGAUGCCCAACUUCUACAGGAACUCCAGGCUGAGAAAGAGACCUGCAGUGACUUUAAAACUAAAAUGAAUCUCAUGAAGCAGCAGUUCGUGAAAAUAAAAGAAGAGAUGCAGCUCCAGAACUUUGAGUUCAACAUGCUAAAGGAGGAAAUGCAAAGGCUACAUAAUCAACUAAAGAAUGGGAAGAAACUCAAGAGUCUGAGGAAGGUGAAGAAACUAAACAAUACCUUCCAGGAGCAGGAAAUUAACCUCCAAGAUAUAGUUGAAAUGCAUGAACAGAACAAAAUAGAGAAUGAGGUCGCUCUGACCAGCAUCAACAACCAGCUGUAUGGUCUGAUCCAUGGCCAGAACAGGCUGACUGGACAAACGGCUGAACCCGAUCUCGAGCCAGUGAAGACAAGGAUUGAAGAGAAAACCCUGUUCUUCAGAAAGCUUAUGGCUGAAAUGGCGGAGCUGAACGCCAGGAACCAGGAGGCGCUACUCAAAAUGAGGAAGAAGCUAAAAGUAAAGGAAAUUGAGCUGUGCACAGAGAGGCAGAAUGUCAGAAACACAAGGAUUCUGGUGGAGAGGAUAAAGGCUGACAUCCAAACCUGCUCAGACUUCAUCCAGCAGCCACAGAAGCUGAAGAUGAACUUUGUUAAACUCUUCAAACGCUACAUCAAGGGAGAAGAUGUGAGAGUCAGAGAGAAGACUGAGCAAGAGCACAGCACCGGAUACUGUGAGAUGGAGCAGUGUUUAAAGAACCCUUAUAUAAAACCCCGGCCUUUUGAACCCAGACUUCCAGCAGCACCAAACCCCAAAAAGAGAAUCGUCGAUGGAACAGAAGACCAGGACACCAAUCCUGGAGACUCCAGAAAGCACAGCUGGACGAUGAAGAUUGAUGCAGGUGUCAGCAUCUUGAAUGAUUCAUCACAGAAAUUCGGAGGAUACCCUAUGAUGCUGCCCCAAAUGCUGGGUACAAGAAGCCAGAGGUUCAGGACGGCUAUACAGAUUAUGAAGCAAGGUCAAGAUGAACAACAGUCUUCCUCCUGUAAACCUUCAACAUUAGAUGAUCCCCGGGCUCAAGUACCUCACUAAGGACAUAAUAAAUCAAGUAAACGCACCGGCCGAGGCUUCUGAUGCUAAGCACUUAAUCCUCUCUUCUCACUGAAAAGUCAAACCUGCUGCUGCAGGACACCGAUAAACUCCUACGACUCCAGCGCUUUACAACACAUUCACUACGGAUUCAUCAGAAAGGUCUUGAAGGCUAACAUGAGCAAGGCAUCGGGCAAUGCAUCAAAUGAGACAUCAUGUCACUUUUCCUCACACAAAACCUCAGCAGGGCAUCAAGCUUUCUCUAGACCUGCAACUAAGACCAAAGACUGAAGGAAGACAUUGAUAAUGUGCCACUUGAGGAAACUGAACACACCCUGUGCUUAACUUUACGACUCAGAGUGAAUUCUCUUGAAGUCUUUUUUCAGAGUGUAAACCCAAAGGCAUCAGUCUCGCAACUCUCAUGACGGACAAAGAUAAAGCAGUGUUGGUGUGCGGCGCAUCAGAAGCACAGUAGGACUCAUCUUCAUGCAGACGGCAGAAACAGAAGAGCGGCGGUUUAUACACAGGCAUGGUGAGAUAAGGGUCGUGACCUUGGUGUGUU